AUGAUUGCUUCCAACAUUGGAAAGGUUCUCCUCAGCUCUGCCAUGCUCUGGGCAACUACAAGUGCCAGUAACCUCGGUCUCAAGGACACCGGUACCCCAGCCGGCUGCACUGGCUCAACCGGAUGCUGUAUCCCCAGCUGCCUUGUCGACGUCUCCGACUUCUGGGGCUGCAACGGAAACGUAGCAUUCUCUGGCACCUGUCAGUGGAACUACGAUAACCCCCAGGGAACCCAGGACGUUGGUGGCUGCGACGACGUUCAGGUCACUUUCCUGCGAGACCCUGAUGGCAACCCCGCCAUCGACCUUUACCACAAGACGGACAAGACCUAUGAUCGCUACGCUUUCAACAACUGUCAGGCUCCCUCUGUUGGAGGAAGCCAGUGUGUUCCCAAGGGAGGCGGUUGUGACACCAACAUCAUCCUUACUGGUGCUCAGGGAUCUAAGAAGAGGAGCACUUUCAGUGCUUAG